CAAAAUGUUUCCUUGAACUUCGUCUUAAGCUGAGCAAAACUGAUGGGAAAAUUAUUUUACUUCCAGGUUCCUCGGUGUCAACAUCUGCAAGAAGUAGGGCUGAACUUUUCGAGAAACAGCCUUCCAUUGAGGCAUCGCUGGUUAUUCAAAAAGUAGAGACUGUUGGACUGGAAAGCGCCCCUCCGGAACCUUCUGCUACUUCUUGCAAAGAGCUGGAGAUUUGUUUUAAAGAUUUAAGUCUUGCAACGAUUGACACCAAUGAAGCGGCUUCAAAAGUUGCAGAUUUACUAAAUCUAGACAAGGUUUCAAUGAAUAAUCCAUCGGAAGAAAUUGUGGUGAGAUGUAGAGAAUUCUGCUCUUACUUGAAAAGCAAUGAAAGAGAUGAUAUUGUAAAGAAAAUAAGGGAUUUGCUUCCAAGUGGAAUGACAGGGCCACUUACAAAUGAAAAGGUACUAGUGGGAGACAUGAUCGGCAAACUAGAAGACCUUACUCGAUCUUUGUGCGGUAAUGAUUUGUGGAAGAAAAUGGCUGAUCAUCUUGGCAUUCGUCCCUGCUAUUUAUGGUUUCAUGAUAGGAAGAAGAACCCCGCAAAGAGUAUAUUAGAAGACGUUUGUCGCAAAAGAAGACUUACAAUUGGAGAUUUGUAUGAUGUACUCUGCAAGUGUGAUGCCAAUGCACUUGCUGACGAGUUCUUGUAGCCUUGCGUCGUCCUUUCGUUUAUAUUAGUUUAACUAGACUAGACUAGGACUAAUCGAAAAUCUCAGAGUUGGAACAAGUACAUUUUGCCAAAUCUCCAGCAACUUUUGAUUAUCAGCAAAACUCAACGAUAAAUAUAUUUUCGAGCGCUGUCAUUAGUUCAAAUGUAUCACGUGCAGGACCGAUAUCAGACGACGGCCCGUUCGAAGUGAUAUCCAUCCAGUUAAAAGAUAUAUAUACGUAAAUAUAAAGAGAGAAAAAAGCAUAGGAAAACAAAGAAACUAGGUUUUCACAUACAAGUGAGAGUGAAAUUAAAAAAACUAGUUGAGAAAACUACGCCAGUAAACCAAACAAAAUCAUCAAAAAACCAUGUGUAGAUGAUGAUUCGUAACCUUUUGUUAGCAACCUCUAUUCAAGCGGAGCGGUUACAAUAUCUAAUAAAUCCUUUCUGGCUCACCUAAAACCAUAUACUCACAAAGGACGUUUCUAACACAGUUUCAUCUUUAAAUACCGUAUUUACAUGUUUACCUGUUAAAACAAGUAAUCCGUCUUGGUGUAUCAUGACGUAGGAAGACAGUACAGAGAAAAGAAUGGUUCUGGAGCCAUAUACAUAAUGUGUAGCCAAAAAUUUAAUACAAAGUGAAUGCAACCGUUAAAGAAUAUAAAACAAUGUUUUCUGUAUAGAUAAAAAGCGGAAAAAAAGGGUUUUUUUUCCUUCAGGUUUGUCAAAUACCGCUUCAAGAUCAAGUUUAAUGCUUACAAUCGUCUAAAAUGUGUUUCAUUUUGUUCUCCGAUGCGUUUUAAUGCUGUCGUUAAGCUGUUUAUUUUUGUUGGUGAAUACUCCUACUCGUGCACAAAAAUUACACAAGGCUGGCAUCUCAAGGCCGUCUGGACGCCAAUCGCACUCGCAUUCUCCUCGAAAUCUACCGGGGAAAAAAUUCUAUGCUCUCCAAACUCUGCAUGGCACGUUAAAGAAUGAUAAUGAUUAAGUCUUCUGGCAAGGUUUGAGAAAAAUCACCUGAAUAAAAAAGAACGGAAAUAA